AUGAAAAAUACAAGAGCCGCCAUGGUUCAGAAGUUGACCGUGGCCCAAAUGUGGACAGACAUAGGCAUUCUCGAGAAAAAUGCUGCUUGGGUUUUGGGACUUCUUCUUGAGCAAAAGUUUAUAGCUGUUAUACGAAUGUUGACAUAUGGUUCAUCUGCUGAUCAUGUGGAUAAGAUUGCCAUGAUGAGGAAGUUCACUACUUUGGAGAGCUUGGGACUACCUGCGCAGACCUACGCCCAGGGACUUGGUUGGGUGUGUAAUAAUGAUUUUCUGCUUGGCAUGACAUGUCGCUUGGCAUGA